AUGAAAUUUGGGAAACACCUAUUGGAUAACCAAGUUUCAGAGUGGUCUCAACAGUAUGUUGACUAUAAAAAGUUGAAAAAACGGUUGAACCCGCUUAUCAGUCAAUACCGGGAAUACUCGAUGCUCACAGCUGCCGCCGAAAAAUCAUUUUUCGAAACGUUAAAAGAUGAAGUAGAUAAAGUUGAACUUUUCUACUUGGAAUUACUUGAUGAUCUUCGAACCGAGUUUCAAAGCUUAAUCUUACAGUCAUACCGUUUACAACAGCAAAAUUCGUCCGCAGUACCCACCUUUCAUGAUUUAAGUCAAAAAUUACAUCAACUUAUAAAAAAUUUGGAAUUAGUUAAAACCAAUUUCAUCCCGUUAAAUAAGUUGGCGAUUAAAAAAAUAUGUAAAAAACAUGCAAAAUAUGUUGGUGGUGCCGGAAGUUCUGUUGAUGUGGAAAAUAUUCGAGUUACCGUCUUAAAGACCAUACAAGAAGAGCGAGCUUGGUGGAAAAAAGGAAAGUGUAUUAUAACGGAAUUAUUGGAAGAAACAAAGAAUUUCCAAUGGGAAUUGUGUAAAAUGACCAUUAAACAUUAUCAUGACAUGAUUCCAUAA